AUGGCAACGACUCUGGCAAAUCCCCCGGAUAAUGAAUUCAGGACGAAAGAAGAGCGAGAGUCGAUCCACCAUGAAGAACAAGAGCUAGAAAAGGGUACGCCCGGCACCGCAGCACCGGUAUAUGGCAUUGAUGAGGCUCAUCAGAAGAGAGUGAUUCGCCGCGUCGAUCUCCGCCUCCUUCCAAUCCUUGGGAUCAUGUAUUCCAUAUCCCUUAUUGAUCGGACCAACCUUGGGCUGGCAUUCGUGGCAGGGAUGGAGGAGGAGCUUGGACUUGACGUUGGAACUAGAUAUACCGUCAUCGUCAUGGUGUUCUUUGUGGCAUAUAUUCUUUUCGAGAUUCCCAGCAAUCUCGUUCUUCCCAAAGCUGGUGCAGCAAACUGGUUGGCAUUCCUUGGCGUUGGAUUUGGAGCGAUCUUGAUCGGUAUGGGAUUUGUCAAUAAUUGGGGUACAAUGGCUGUCUGCAGAGUCCUGUUAGGAGCCAUGGAAGCUGGAUUCUUACCAGGCUGCACAUAUCUGAUUACAUGCUGGUACACGCGAUUCGAAGUAGGCAAGCGACUGGCCGCAUUUUGGUUGGUGUCUGUUAUCCUGAAUGCCUUCGCUGCAAUCUUCGCAUAUGCCUUGACCCUCCUUGAUGGGAGAUACGGCCUAACAGGAUGGCGCUGGAUCUUCAUCGUCGAGGGAGCCAUCACUGUCGGUAUCUGUUUGCUUGGAUGGUUCAUUAUUAUCGACUUCCCGACUCGCGCUGGUAAGUUCCUGAAGCCAGAGGAACAAGCGUUUAUCAUCGACCGGAUCAACAACGACAGUGGAGACGCGCAUGAAGAUCCAGUCACCUGGGAACGUGCCCUUCAUCAUCUCAAGGACUGGAAGCUGUACGUCUGGGCGUUCCAGCUCAUGGCUUCCACUCUGCCUGGAUAUGCGUACAGCUACUUCAAGACCGUUAUCAUCAUGGGCAUGGGAUUCUCGAGCACACAGAGUCAGCUUCUCAGUGCCCCGCCUUACAUCGUAGCUGCAGGGUUCACCUUCAUGGGUGGGUGGAUCACUGAUAAAUAUCAAAUCCGCGGGCCAGUCAUUGCUCUUCACCAACUGCUGACGGCAAUCGGGAUGUUGAUCACAGCCUAUGGUGGUCACAUGGGGGUGAGAUACUUUGGAAUUUUCCUGGGUGUGGGCUUCCUACAAUUUUGUAUCCCCGGUGUGCUUGCAUUCCAAGCCAACAACAUUACUUCCCGUUCCAAGCGUGGAGUCGCAUCGGCAACCUGCCUGAUUGGCGGUGGCCUUGGAGGCAUCAUUGCCAGUGUCAGUUUCAAGUCUGAUGAAAGCCCGUAUUAUAACACAGGCAUUUGGGUGACAUUCGGUAUCACAAUGGUCAGUAUCUUCUUGACCGUUUUUAUGGAUUACUACUUUUGGAAAACCAACAAGAAGGCCAAGGAGACCAAUGGCCAGAUUGAGGGUAUGUCCAACUGGUAUUACACUCUUUGA